CUCCGCCUGCACAUGGCCUCCCAUGUACUUGAGGGAGUGGAGACAAGGAUUUUCAAACGUUCACUACCCCACUACCAGCCGACAUACCCCUCUGUCCGAUUAUUAAAUUGAAAGAGGACGCUAUCAUGUCUGCAACUAGGGUGGAAUACCACAAUGUCUUCAACUACAUCUCGGAGUCAUUGUCUUCAGCUCGUUCUUUAAAUCCUUUCAGAUUACUAUCACCAAUACGAUUUGUCGUCUUCAUCUUCAAUAUCUUCUACAUCCUGAUACAGAAGAUCAUCAUCUGGAUGUUCAAGCCGACCACCGAAAUACCCCGAGCAACCUACGAAACCUCUUGGCCGGAUUGCUGUUAUAGGAGCCGGACUUACUGGCAUUUCGUCUGCUGCACACGCGAUUGCGCAUGGUUUUGACGUUGUCAUCUUUGAGCAGGAUGAUAGAGUUGGUGAGUCGAACACAAACUGUGGCAAUCAUACCCUUUUUUCUUCUUCGAAACCUAUAUUUGUUACCCCUCAUUGUCCUUUUGAGUCGGAUUGUAGAAAAGCGCAAGCACAGAAUGUGAAGUUAACGGACAGUCCCUAAAUGGAAUUGAGAAUCCGAAUUUGGUAUUUUGAUAACCAGAAAUGGAAAGUGACCGUUUUAUCAAUUCAGGCGGCAUUUGGACGCAUGUCAACAAAACAUCUGGCCUGCAACUGAAUUCCCUGCUUUAUCGCUUUCACCCGGCCGUACUUUGGAGUUGCGCCUUUCCAUUGCGUGAUGAGAUAUUGAGCGAGGUCACUCGCAUAUGGAAGGAAUACCAGUUAGAACCUCGUACACGCUUCAAAACUCCCGUCACUUCUAUUCGUCCUAUCACACAUGAUGAGAAUGGUAACCGAGUUUCCGACGACCCCAAGCUCGAUCCUAGCCAAUACGGUCACCGAAGAUGGAUCAUUAACGACGGUGACGACGGUGUCUUCGACGCUGUUAUAGUAACCGUUGGCACAUGUGGAAAACCUAGAAUGGUAGAAUUCGAGGGGAUGCCGAAGAAGAAAGAGGAAUCUAAGAAACAUAAAGAGGAGCAUGAUAUGCAGAAACAUGAUGAAGCUAGCAGAGAACCCACCGACGGCGGAAGUUCGCAAGGGGACGAGGGUAUUGAGCCACAGAAGCACUCUGCUUGGACCACAACACACAACGGACAGGCACAAUACAUCAGGCAGGAUCAAGAACAAAAGAAAGCCACGAAUUUCCCCACCCCCGGAGACGCACAUCACCACGAGGGUACUCAAGCCCCUACCCAUACUCACACUUCAGAACCCCACAAGUCGGGUUCGGCAUAUAAAGCUACUGCAUGGACCUUUGGUACCUAUGAACCUCCCAAGAGCGUCGAACAUGACCAAGAGGCGAAGAAGGAAGCUGGGUUUCCUUCACCACAGGAAGUGUUUCCUACUUCGCCAUCUGCUGAUCCUCAAUUACAUACCAACAAACCCAGGCCUGUGAAGCAUGACGGAUUUCCUCAUCAUGCGCGGAAGUCGAAGGAUACUGAUGAGGACGUGUUCACAAAGGGACCCAUCGUUCAUUCGUCUGAGUUGGAUAGCCUCGAUGAGGAUGCUGUAAAGGGCAAGACUGUACUGGUUAUUGGGAGUGGUGCUAGCGGAGUCGAAUCCGUUGAGACUGCUCUAGCGAAGGGUGCGAAGGGCACUGUCAUGAUCGCCCGUGAGGACAAGUGGAUCAUCCCGAGGAAUAUACUCAUAGAUACCCUCAUCUCCGCGCAACCAUUUGGUCGACAGAUGCCACUGAGCUUCAUUUGGGAAAAGUUCAUCAUAUGGUUCAACUACCAUGGUGUCUCUGACCUCGCUCCUGCUCACCUUGGCCUGUUCGAAGGAACUCCAGUCGUCAAUGACGAAUUCCUGGACCAUGUUCGCAGAGGCAAAUGUCAAUACGUACGAGGCGAUACUCAACGUCUCACGAAGCGUGGUGUCAAAGUUACCGUGCGUGGACGGGAGAGCAAGCCUGGUGACAAGGGCGACAUUAACGAAAUCGACGCAGAUAUCAUCGUGCUUGCUACUGGAUACGAAAAGCCCAAGGUUGAUCUGUUCAAGUAUGUCGAUUUGUUCCCGGAGGGCUUCGAGCGUCCGAAUUUGUACUUGCAAAACUUCUCUACUGAGGAUUGGUCCGUGUUGAUGACGAACUCGUCUUAUCAAAAUGCUAUCGGGACCGUUGGACACUUCCACAUCGGCAUCUAUACGCGAAUCCUUCUGGUUCUCCUGAUGGACAAAAACGCACGUCCGACUACUGAUGACAUGAAGCUAUGGGUUAGACUUAUCUCGUACAUCAAACGAGGUGCUAGGGGAGGUGCUUUCGGAUUCUUCACGUACAUGGAACUCACCAUUUGGCUUUUGUUAUUCCAUAUCUUUAGACCGGAUAGGUUGAAGUGGCUAUUCUUCAUUAUGCAAGGAUGGGGUGUCACACCUGACGAGUACAGAUGAAACGGAUCAAAUGUAUUGCAAUUCUUGUAUAUACAGGUGUGAUAUUCGACUAAGACGUGUAAUUCAAGCUCUUUGCUAUGCUGCAACAGUUCAAAUCUUCGACAAGGUGCGGGAAUUAAUGGUUGCUGCUUACAUCAAAUAAAGUCGACGAUAUGACCGAAAUGGAGUUCGGGAUGAACGCACCAUGUGUUGUUGCUA